GGAGCCCCAGCGCGAGCGGCGCCAGCGCCAGGACCCGGCCCGGCUCCCUCAGGCUGCUGCAGGGAGGAUGGGGGACGACCGACCCUUCGUGUGCAGCGCGCCGGGCUGCGGGCAGCGGUUCACCAACGAGGACCACCUGGCCGUGCACAGGCACAAGCACGAGCUGACGCUCAAGUUCGGCCCCGCUCGCACCGACUCCGUCAUCAUCGCAGACCAGACUCCGACCCCGACCCGGUUCCUGAAGAACUGCGAGGAGGUGGGGCUGUUCAACGAGCUGGCCAGCUCCUUCGAGCACGAGUUCAAGAAAGCUGCCGAGGAUGAUGAGAAAAAGGGCUCCGGGGCCCUGGACAUGUCCCUGCCCUCCACCCCGGACAUCAAGAUCAAGGAGGAGGAGCCGCUGGACGUGGACUCGUCCCCGCCGGACAGCCCCGGGUCCCGGCCCCGCUCCCCCCGGCACAGGGACAGGGACAAGGAGCGCGACAAGGCGCUGCCCUCCAAGCCCGUGAUCCUGUCCACCCCCACGCCCACCAUCGUGCGGCCGGGCUCGCUGCCGCUGCACCUGGGCUACGAACCCCUGCAGCCCACGCUGCCGUCCCCGACCUCCGUCAUCACCCAGGCGCCCCCGGCCAGCCGCCAGCUCGGGUCCCCCUCAGGCUCCCUCCCGCUCGUGGUGCAGCUCGCCAACGGCCAGACCGUGCCCGUGCUGCCCGGGCCCGUGCAGAUGCCGUCGGUCAUCUCGCUGGCCCGGCCCGUGCCCGUGGUGCCCAACGUCCCCGGCAUCCCCGGGCCCCCCCUGCACAGCGGCGGCUCCAUCUCGCCCUCGGGGCUGCCCGUGCACUCCGAGGCCAAAAUGAGGCUGAAGGCCAGCCUGGCAGCCUCAUCCUCGCUGAACGGCAGCAGCCUGGCCGUGGGCUCGGCCAGCACCAUGGUGACCGCGCGGCCGGAGCAGAGCCAGAUCCUGGGGCAGCACCCGGACGCGCCGUCCCCUGCCCAGCCCCAGGUGUCCCCGGCCCAGCCCACGCCCAGCACGGGCGGGCGCCGCAAGCGGGCGGCGGACGAGGACCCGGACGAGCGGCGGCAGCGAUUCCUGGAGCGGAACCGCGCGGCCGCCUCGCGCUGCCGGCAGAAGAGAAAGCUCUGGGUGUCCUCGCUGGAGAAAAAGGCCGAGGAGCUGACGAGCCAGAACAUCCAGCUGAGCAACGAGGUGACGCUGCUCAGGAACGAGGUGGCUCAGCUGAAGCAGCUGCUGCUGGCCCACAAGGACUGUCCCGUCACCGCCCUGCAGAAGAAGAGCCAGGGCUACCUGGAGAGCCCCAAGGAGAGCUCGGAGCCCUCGGGCUCCCCGGCCGCGGUCAUCCAGCACAGCUCGGCCCCCAACGGGCUCAGCGCGGCGCGCUCGGCCGCCGAGGCCGUGGCCACCUCGGUGCUGGCCCAGAUGGCCGGCCAAAGGACAGAGCUGGCCGUGCCCGCGGCCUCGCACGUCAUCAUGGCCCCACAGUCGCAGUCGGCCGGCAGAUGAUGGCCCCGGGCCCGGGAGCGCCCCAGGACUGACCACAGCCCCAGUGACCACAGCCCCGAGUCACCACAGCCCCGGAGUGACCACAGCCCCAGUGACCACAGCCCCAGAGUGACCACAGCCCCAGUGACCACAGCCCCACUGACCACGGCCCCAGAGUGACCACAGCCCCGAGUGACCACAGCCCCAGUGAUCACAGCCCCAGUGACCACAGCCCCGGAGUGACCACAGCCCCAGGCUGACCACAGCCCCAGUGACCACAGCCCCAGAGUGACCACAGCCCCGGAGUGACCACAGCCCUGGAGUGAUCACAGCCCCAGUGAUCACAGCCCCAGAGUGACCACAGCCCCAGUGACCACAGCCCCAGUGAUCACAGCCCCACAGCGACCACAGCCCCUGCUGACCAUAACCCCAGGCUGACCACAGGCCCAGAGUGACCACAGGCCCAGAGUGACCACAGGCCCAGAAUGACUACAGCCCCAGGCUGACCAGCAGGGACCUGCCAGGAUUUCUCCUCCCUUUUUUGGGUUUUAUUCUUUUCUUUUUUGUUUUGUUUCAAGGGCAGCUCUGGCGCUCUCCCAGCCCC